AUGAUGGAGGGUGCCUCGGAGGAGCUCGACCGCCGAAGCCGCUACCUCAGCUCCCUCAUCCAGCACACCAAGCUCAAGCCCGACGGCGAGCUGCAGAAGCGCCGCCCGCAGCCGGCGAAGCCCGACAAGGAGAAGCAUCGCCCCACCGUCAGCGGCGGGAGAAGAAGGAGGAAAGGGAUGGGGUUGUCGAUGGUGGCGAGGAUGAUGCGCAGGAGCAGUGGCAGAACGUGCAGGAAUUUGCUAGCCAGCUUUUACCUCCGCUUCCCAAACCUUAAUCCUCUGUGGGGACUGAGAGUGUUACAUAAGCUGAGGAUGAAAUUGGUUACUAAUCAAGUGGCUCGGAGGCAGCUGGAGAAGGAGAUCGUGAGAGAGGAGAGGGAGUUGGAACCACCCGAAACCCGCUCUAUAAAUAUAAAUAGAAGCCCUAGCUUUUUCUUCUAUGUUUUAUCUGUGCGCCUAUUACGAGAAAUCCCUUCGGCAAUGGCUAACUCGCCGCCGGCGCCGGCGCCGCCGCUGGACCUUGGCGACCUGAAGGCCGUCGCUGUCCUUGGCCGCGGCGCGAAGGGCGUCGUCUUCCUCGUCCGCUCCCCUACCUACCCGGAGGCCCUCGCCCUCAAGGCUAUCUCCCGCUCCUCCAUCGAGAACAAGAACACCGCCGACGCCUACCGCCGGAUCUGGUUUGAGCGCGACGUCCUCCUCGCCCUCCGACAUCCCUUGCUCCCUUCCCUCCGUGGCGUCGUCUCCACCGACAAGAUCGUCGGGGUCGUCAUCCAGCGCUGCUCCGGCGGCGAUCUCAACUCGAUACGCCGGCGGCAGACGGAGAAGAUGUUCUCUGACGAUGCAAUCCGGUUCUACGCGGCGGAGCUGGUGCUCGCGUUGGAGUACUUGCACGGAUUGGGGAUUGUCUACAGAGAUCUGAAGCCCGAGAACGUUUUGAUCCAAGAAAACGGCCACCUGAUGCUCAUCGACUUCGACCUCUCCACCAAGCUCCCGGCGAGAUCGCCGGAGCCUCUCAAACCCUCCGACAAGAAACCCGGCCCUCGCCCCUGCGAUCCGCCGCCCGCAAAGAAGGAACUCUUCCCGGGCUGCUUCUCUUGCAAUGCUGGCGUGUCGCCCGAUAGCUCCGACUCGCUGGAGGACUCCGUCCCCGGCUGCGAAUCCACCUCGAAGUCGUCGGCGUCGGGGAAGUCGAACUCGUUCGUGGGGACGGAGGACUACGUGGCGCCGGAGAUCAUCCAAGGGGACGGUCACGAUUUCGCCGUCGACUGGUGGAGCCUCGGCGUCGUCCUCUACGAGAUGCUGUACGGCCGGACGCCGUUCCGGGGGCAAAACCGGAAGGAAACUUUCUACCGGAUCCUACUGAUGGAGCCUGAGCUGACGGGAGAGCAGACGCCGUUACGCGAUUUGCUGCGCCGGCUUCUCGAGAAGGACCCCGGUAGAAGAAUCUCGCUUGACGGCGUCAAGCAGCACGAAUUUUUCAGAGGGAUAGACUGGGAAUCCGUCCUCCGGAUUCCGCGGCCCCCCUAUAUCCCGGCGGCGCCAGAAUGGGAAGCGGAGGAGGACACGGAGGGAAAUAACUCGAUCGACGUCGAAAAGUUGGUCCAAGAGGUAUUCGGCAACGUUGACGGUAACGGAAAUCUCGCCGAGGAGGCGAGCGAUAAAAACUCGGCCGUGAACCGGGAGGAAGGAUUGAGAGAUCCUUCCAAAACUGUUGAUUUUUCUGUUUUCUGAUAUAUUUUUUUUCCUUCUGAUAUUUUUUUUGGAAGGGGAAGAGAAAUAUUUCUCCUUAUUAUAAUUUUGGGUAAUUAUUAUUCUUAUAAUAGAGAAAGAGAAACUGUAACAAGCUACUAAGUUAGGAACAUGACAGUAUCAUGUUGUUGUUAUUUUUGUAUUAGUCUUUGCUAUUUAUUGUAUAGAUCGAGGAAAUUAAAUAUUUUUAAGUAAAUGUAGAAAUAAUUAAUCUA